AUGAAGUACUUUCUUCUGCCAACUCAUUUAGCAUUUCUCUAUAGCUUUGCACUAAGUAAACCUGUCCAGAUAGCUACAAGAAACAAUGACUUAGGUAGUGAAAUAGCUGUGUAUGAAGGAGACAUCCUCUUGAGAAGAGGACGACGCAGUGCAAUUAACUGUGAGAGUUGUUUAUGGCCCAAGUCACAAGAUGGACUAGUCAAGGUUCCAAUUAACAUCUCUUCUGAUUUCUCAGUGACAGAGAGGUCUUGGAUUGCUGAUGCUCUGCAAGAGAUCGCCACGCUGACCUGUGUGCAGUUUGUAAAUCGCACUACAGAAACAGACUACGUGUAUGUUGAACGUGGGCAGAGCUGCUGGUCUUACUUUGGAAAAAUUGGAGGACGUCAAGCAGUAGGCUUGAUGAAAAAUGGUUGCAUGGAUAAAGGAGCAAUUCAGCAUGAAAUGAACCACGCACUGGGUUUCAUCCAUGAACAGGCACGGAGUGAUCGGGACAGGUUUGUCAAGAUUAUGUGGGAACACAUUGUGGCAGGGGAACAAGGGAACUUUGGAAAAGUGAAUUCCAAAAAUCUGGGCCUUCCCUAUGACUACUCUUCAGUGAUGCACUAUGGCGCGUAUGAUUUCUCCAGCGCUCCAGGGAAACCAACUAUUGUACCAGUUCCUGACCCCUCUGUACCCAUCGGGCAGAGAGAAGGGCUGAGUAACUUGGAUGUAGCUAAAAUCAACAAGCUCUACAAGUGCAAUUGCUGUAGCUCUGUGUUGCCUAAAUCCAAAGGCUCAUUCUCCUCUGUCAAUUACCCAUCCCCAUACCCGAACAAUAGCAACUGCCUGUGGUUGAUCCGCAUCCGUCGAAGUAAGAUUUUCCUGCAGUUUGUCGCUUUUGAUCUCCAACUCUCCUCAGACUGUUCUUCUGACUAUAUAAAAAUCUACAAUGGAAACAGCAAGAAUUCCCCUGUCUUGCUGGACAAAUACUGUGGGAAGGGGCCACUGCCCUCCUUAGUGGCGUCUGGAUCGACAAUGCUGGUAGAGUUUGCAAGUGAUGAGAGCAUUACAGCCACAGGAUUCAGAGCCUCCUACAACAGGGUGAAUUGUGGAGAUACUUUCACAGACUCAAAUGGAGUCAUCACCUCUCCAAACUACCCCAAUAAAUACCCCCAAAACCAAGCAUGCUUCUGGGUCAUCAGUUCUCCAGCAGGAUACAAGAUAUCUCUCAAAAUGUUAUCCUUUGAGCUGGAAGAUAGUGACAGAUGCAUCUAUGACUACUUGCUCAUACAUGAUGGAAGCCGACCUACAUCACCUGCAGUUGGCCCUUAUUGUGGGACAGAGAAGGUUGCAGACUUUACUUCCACUGGGAACUUUGUGCUGGUUGAAUUUCACAGUGAUAUAGUUUGGGAGUUGCCCGGAUUCAUGAUGAGUUAUACAUUUGGUAGGUAGUACUAUACAGACGGGAGUUGGAAAACACAGAAUGAAAGUGAGAGACCAGCUAGCCACAGGUAAAAGUCAACAUGCCACCAAUUUCAGCAAAAAAUAUAGCUCUCUGAUACCUUUAACAAGCUUGAAGCUUGAUCUCUUAGUCUUACAUCUACAGUGGCGUAAUUUGCAUGGUGAAUUAUGGACAAAAAUGUU